AUGGCGUUCUUUAUGCGACGGCCGUUCGCCGUCACUACGGCGCUUCGUCAAGUCCCGAAAUCUGCCAACUCUGCUCGAUUUAUCCACAACUCGCCAUUCAAGCCUGCUCAGUCUAAGCCUCUCGGCCCUCUUUCCUCGUCCGUCUUCGCAAAGUCCAGACAGACCUUCCAGAAUGCCUUCCGCCGUACAUAUAUGCAGCCUACAUACGAUGCUACCCAGGGUGGUAACAUGACCCAGCGACUCCUGUACGGUGCGGCCAUCAUCGGCGGCACUGUCCUGGCGACUAACUUCAUCUUCAACCGUGAGACCCGAGAGGAUGGUGGCAUGCCCGACUACGAACGCAGCUACCUGAAUGAAACGUUUAUGCACACCGGACUUGGUGUUGGUAUCAUCGCUAUCGCCGCCAGAGCUAUGCACAUGAACGGAUGGUCGUAUCGUUUGAUGGCCGCCAGCCCUUGGGCUGUUGUUGGUCUUGGUCUGGUUGCUAGCAUCGGAACGAUGUACGGUACCAUGUACACUUCUCCUGACAACUAUGUGAUGAAGUACGGUCUUUGGUCUGCUUUCAACGUUACCCAGGCUGCUCUUCUCUCGCCUCUGAUGUUCAUGCACCCCGCUCUGCUUGCCCGCGCUGGUCUGUACACCGUUGGAAUGAUGGGCUCGAUCGCCUUUGUCGGUGCCACGGCCAAGCAGGAGAAAUACCUGUACCUCGGUGCUCCUCUCCUUGCCGGUGUGACCAUUGUUGCUCUCUCUGGAUUCGCCCCUCUCGUCCUUCCCGCCACUGCUACCCGCACCUUGAUGUGGUCUGAGAAGAUCUGGCUGUAUGGGGGUCUUGCCGUCUUCGGUGGCUUCACCCUCUACGAUGUUCAGAAGGUCCUGCACCACGCUCGCAUGGCCCAGAGAGGCUUGGUCCGCCGCGAUGUUGUCAAUGAGAGCAUCAGCUUUGAACUGGAUUUCAUCAACAUCUUCGUCCGCAUGGUCCAGAUUCUGGGAAUGCAGCGCAACAAUCGCCGUUAA